AUGUCGCUACGGGCUAACAACCUCCCGAAUCCAAUCACUCUGGACGAGCGGCCUGAUUUCACAAAUUACACGACUCAAUGGGCCAACUACACAUAUGUCUUCACAGUAACCUCCGACCAUUACUAUAACACACCCGUCGAGAGAAUGGUACAUGCCAUCCUUGCCGUCCCAGAUCCUCAACAUUUUCAAGGGCUCAGCGGAGAUCGAGAUCAUAUUUUCUUGAGUCGAACAAUGACGGGUCUCGUGUUUAAGCAGGCUACAUUGUCCGAGAAAAAUAGAGGGACCAAUUGUCACUUCAAAGCGUAUUUCGGUCUGCUUCCCAAGGGAGUCACGGAGGAGCAAAGCUUCCUCAACAAUUACACAAUUAGCCAAGGGCGUGUUUUAUGGAAUCAACGCUGGAAUCGUCCCGGCCUGAAGGUGAUAUUUGAUGAAUGCGAAUACGACAUCAUCGCGACUGCAACUCAGGAUACAGGGGAGAUGGACGAAACGCCGAUUUCUUCACGGCCCGGUCAGAUACAAUAUGCAGACUAUUAUUCCUGGCAUUACCCGAACCUAGUGCAAUUGCAAUCUAUAUAUAGUUUUCGGGUCGGAGAUUCUUCGCGGAAGAUGUAUCUGACGUUGACUAUCCUGGUGCUAAAGGGCUACCAAUUGGUAUUGACCGGCAACAAACCAUUCGGUUCACCGUAUAACGACAGCAUCGAAUUCGCAAACGCUUCUGCGACGGUCUACUGCGCGAGUAAUUUGGAGAAUAUCUGGCUCAGCAGCGAUCAGUCCAAACUGGGGCAUGCAAUGGCACGGGUCGAAAUGUGGCCCGAGAGCCCGGGAAUUGAUUGCAACAUGACGAUCGGCGCAGAUUGCCAAACUGAUUGCCGACUUCGGAUCGUCAUCGGACUUUCCUGCUACUUGCCAACUGGUCCCGAAGAUGACAGGGUGCCUUUAAUGAUUAACGGCACGUCUGUGUUGGCCGAUUCGUGCAGUUACACAUGGACAUCGGCCACUCACUAUGGCGUCAAUUUGAUGGUCAACGAUCUGCCACCCCCAAUCGAACUUUCGCAAUGGUCGAAAAACGCAAGCCGGGAUGGUGAAAGCGACUGUCCUCGAUAUACAUUUACCGUGCUGAGCGACCAAUUCUACAAAGCGCCGCCAGAGCUCUACGUCCAUUCCCCAUUUGAAGGAGUUAUGCAGUCGAUGACACAUAUUGGCUCCGGCGCCGUCCAUACAUUUGUCGCUGAUGCCCUUUACCAUGUUGUUUUAUUCAGAACGAUUCAGCCAACAAGAGAUACGGGUGGCUAUAUCGAAGGGUACACAGGUGGUAUCGGCCCCGAGGGAGACAAAACGCGUUUAGUCGACACGUUCGAAAUGGACGGCCGCUCACUUAUUUCUCCAGUUAAAUGGAGCGACCGUAUUGCUACACUUUGGUUCAUCAACGGAACAUUCGAUGUUGCCUUCAAGAGCCUGCAUGAGCUGCACAAUGUUGCUUCGAAUGUGAGUUCUGUGACUGGAUCCGGCGUCUACGACACGCUGUAUGCCGAUGAGCUGAGCUACGGGUACCCGGCCGAUGACAUAGUCGAUGGCUCUUUUGAAUGGACUUACAACAAUACUGGAACACCAUUAUUUUAUUUUCGCCUAAACGUUGCUGACUUGUACGGAGGAACCCUGAAGUAUAAAAUGUAUUAUGAGAACGUUGUCAAUAAUCGAACGCCCAUCCGAUGGUCGGCGCCCGAAGCCGCGUGUCAUGGGAAAUUUUCUGAAAAAUCGGACGUAUGGUCAUUCGGAGUGCUGCUGUGGGAAAUGCAUACAUUUGGUCAGACGCCGUUCGAGGAUAUUACAAUCGAAGAAUUGCCCGAUUACCUGAAUAAUGGCGGGACGCUGGUGCCGCCUGGAGAUACCCCUCAUUGGAUGGCUGAAAUCAUGCGCAGUUGCUGGGAAUUCAAGCCUAAAUUGCGUCCUGGUAUUGGAAAGCUGGCCGCCCGACUGCGCCGACAUUUCCAGUUGAUGAAGCACAGUGAAUAUUAUGUGAAUUUGAGUGAUGCUCAUGAAAUGUCUAUCGAAGUUCAAGAUCGGAGUCCGGUGACGGAAGAAGUUGAAGAAACACUGAGACUA